GUACCCUCAGCUGGCCUUUGGGAAAAGGUUUUGUGCAAGGUAUUUCCCAAGUGCUGACAGGAUUGUGUCACAGACACAAAGCAAACUUUUGCUGGGCUCCAGGUGACCGCCCACAGGUUAUUAUAAAAGUGACUACACCCUCUGGCCACCAGCACUGCCUGGCUCCACAUGCCCCCGGUCCCAACAUGGCACUGCCCUGGGUUCUUACAGUCCUGAGCCUCCUACCUCUGCUAGAAGCCCAGAUCCCAGUGUGUGUCAACCUAAGACCGGUGCCCAUCACCAAUGCCACCCUAGACCUGAUCUCCGGCAAGUGGUUUUAUAUCGCAUCGGCUUUUAAAAACGAGGAGUUCAAGAAGUUGGCUCAGGAUAUUCAAGCAACUUUCUUUUACUUUACCCCCAACAAGACAGAGGACACGAUCUUUCUCAGAGAGUACCAGACCAACCGGAACGCAUGCAUCUAUAACACUAGCUACCUGAAUGUCCAGCGGGAGAAUGGGACCAUCUCCAAAUUUGAGGAAGGACGAGAACAUGUUGCUUACCUGCUGAUCCUCAGGGACACUAGGACCUUCAUGCUCGCUUUUGACAUGGACGAUGAGAAGAAGUCGGGGCUGUCUGUCUAUGCUGACAAGCCAGAGACGACCCAGGAGCAACUGGGAGAGUUCUACGAAGCUCUCGACUGCAUGCACAUUCCCAGGUCAGAAGUCCUGUACACCGAUUCAAAAAAGGAUUUGUGUGAGCCGCUGGAGAAGCAGCAUGAGAAGGAGAGAAAACAGGAGGAGGAGAAGGAGAGGAAACAGGAGGAGGAGAAGGAAUCCUAGCAGGACACAACCCUGGAUCAGGACAGAGACUUGGGGGCCAUCCUCUCCCUCCAACCCAGCACGUGUACCUCAGUUCUUUCCCUCACUUGCAUCAAUAAAGCCUCUGUGUUUGGAA